UUGAUAACUUUUGCCCAGACUUCCCUGUUCAUCUGAAAAUUUGGCCUAUGCUCGCAAACUUCCCGGCUACUAAGAAAGAAAAAACCUAUGGCGGAAAGCAAAUAUGACUUGCUUUUGGUUCCAACCAAAGAUAAAAGCCGUAUAAGACAUCAACCUUGGUACAAGGAACGGCUACAAACAAAAUACUGCAAACCUGUAAAUAAGAAAGACUGGAAGCCAAGACUCACUGCAUCAUCAUGGACAUUUAUUAAAGAUGGACUUGAUGAUUUCCGUGAUGGAAAGCCACCUCCUGUCAACUCAGACCUUGUCAUUAAAGGAUCAAAGGGCUUAGAACCUAAUCUCUUUGGAAUUGAUUCUGACUGUCAAAGAAAGCCAAAACAAAUGAUUGCUAAGCAUUUGCCAAAAGAAGAAGUUGUUUAUCAAAAGCAAUUGCCACAGCAAUACAGAAGAAGGAAAAGGAUUGAAGACAUUGAAAAAGCCCUUCUGGAACAUCCACUUGCUUUAUUCCCCCACUUUGAAGAAUCAGUUCCACCAGAGCUUUUUGAAGAAAUAGUGGAGCUAUUGGAUCCAGCAAUGAACUUGGCAGACGAAGAGUCCCAGUCAGCACAGAGAUCUGAACUGGGUGGGCAGGAUUCAAAAUCAACUACUUCAGAUAUUUUUGAGGCAGGAAGGUCGUACUCAAGAGAACUUUGUUCCGGAUAUAGAGAUGCUAUAGAAACAGCUAAGAAAAAUCAAUAUAAAUGGCUACAAGAACAAGUUGAAGUAAAUCGAGAGGAGCGCAUCAGGGCAAUGAAAAAGAGACAGGAGUCCCCUACCCAGGAAACUGGUAUUGAUGAUGUCACAAAAGAGUUUUGUGAUUGGGUUAGAAAUUUGGGUGGCAAAACGAACAAUAUUGAAGAAUCUACGAUCUAUAGCCUUUUUGCAAGUGGCUAUGAAACAAAGCCGGCACUUUCAGUUCCUAUUCAUGUUGUUGAAUUGACAAAUGUUCCACCAGAGCUGAGAACUGGAAAUAUCGCCCCAACCAAGGAUGAUUCAAAAGAGAAAGCAAAGAGAAACGAGGAGCCUGAAACGAAAUACACGCCAAGUUGGGUAAAAAAGUACCACUCGCCUUGGUAUCUUGACCCGAAAAAAUGGUCAAGCGAUGUUCCGCCGACGGGGCUGCAAGAUCCAAAAGAAAGCAAAGCAAAAAUGACUGAAUCAAAACAGAAAAGCAAAGACCUAGACAAAGUUCUUGCUUCUUUGCACGGUGCUAGAGCAUUUAAGGAUUUUGUUGAUACCAAAAAGACAAGGAGACCUGAGUUCCUGGAAUCCGUUGCUAAGCACCAAGAAGAGAUAGCAGCAGAGGCAUCCAAAGCGCAAGAAGAAUCGAAUGGAAAACUCGGACCAAGAGAACAAAGAGCCAGGACGUUUUCUCAGAGGACAACGACACCAAAAUCGAGAACAGCAACGUUUGAUUAA